UUUUACCUCGAUGGCAGUUGCGAUGGCGAUGUUGAUCUUGUGGUGUGCAUCGUGCUGCAUGCUCGGCAUCACAUUCGCGUCUGGUGUAUUUGCAGGGCACUAUUUGUGGAGUGCAGAUGGAGAUGCAAUAUCAGAUCUCGUGAUCAGACUAUCUUGAGAGAGAACACAGUCUCGAGUGCCCGCGAAAGAAAAGACAAACCACCGAGUAAAGGUCGAACGAAGUCGGAGGAAAAGGAUGACCGCCACGACGUCAUGCCAGUCCCGUGAUUGGCCCGCGGGCACAUUUUCUCUCCGUCGGCAGUUAUGGGGAACUUCCACUCUUCCACUCUUUCCUCCCUCCAUCCAGCAACCUACGCCGCUAAGUAUUCGCUGGUCGCUCAGUGGAGGACCGACUGAAGAACACAUCCACUCGGCGCAGGGUGCAGCAUGACGGACGAACCA